AUCUUCAAUUAAGAGAUUAGAGGAAAAAUGCAUUUUGCUUUGUUGACCUAAUUUUGUGGCACAUAAGACAUCAUCUUCCAGCUCCAUCGGACUCCCAAGAGAGCUUGACACGUGGAAUCCUCAUUAGCCUAAACUCAAUAAUACUAUACGCACCCAAGGCGCAUUUUAUCACAAGCCGCCCCUUCCGCCGCGCCGCCCCUUCCGACUCUAACGAACUCUCCCUUACCCUCUUUAAACUCACCACAUUUAAAAUAUGUCACUCCUUCUCUCACCGACACAUUCCCUUACCCUCAACCCCCAUGUGCAUUUUAGCCCCUCCCCACUUUCCAUGUCCAUCUUACGCCGCCUCACUCUAAACCUCCGCAACCACCGCCGCCGCCGAUUCGCCACCGUUUCCGCCGCCGUACGCCAGGACAUCACCGUCUGGACCCCAGCCCCGCUCUCCGAGGUCGAGCCCGCCGCCGAGUCCCUCUUCCACGUCGCCAUCGACGUGUCCGACGCGCCCGACCUGGCCGCGUCGCACACGCGCGCCGGCCAGUACCUCCAGCUUCGAGUCCCUGACGCGCCUAAGCCCUCGUUUCUGGCCAUCGCGUCGCCGCCGAAGCUCGCGUCCGCGAGUGGCGUGUUUGAGUUUCUGGUGAAGAGCGUGGCGGGGUCCACGGCCGAAGCGUUGUGCGCGUUGAAGAGAGGGGAUGUGGUUGAACUGAGCCAAGUGAUGGGAAAUGGGUUCGACAUCAAUCGGAUCGAGCCGCCCGAGAAAUUUGGAACCGUUAUCGUCUUUGCCACUGGAUCUGGAAUUAGUCCGAUUCGAUCACUUAUUGAAUCAGGAUUCGAUGCCUGCAAGAGGUCUGACGUGAGACUAUAUUAUGGAGCCAGAAACCUUCAGAGAAUGGCUUAUCAGGAUAGAUUUAAGGACUGGGAAUCUUCUGGUGUGAAGAUUGUACCUGUUUUGUCUCAACCAGAUGGUAGUUGGACUGGAGAAAGUGGCUAUGUUCAGGCUGCAUUUACAAGAGCGAAGCAAAUAUCUAGCCCUUUGGCAACUGGUGCUGUACUUUGUGGGCAGAAACAGAUGACAGAGGAAGUGACAUCUAUUCUUGUUGCUGAUGGAGUGUCAGCUGACAAGAUAUUGAAGAACUUCUGACCAAAAUGCAAUUUGGGCAGUUUUGUAUAUUUUUUUUAAUUAUACUCGAUAAUUAUUUGUUCAUUGCCUCUGCUGAGGAUCACACGUCUCGGCUUGGAAUGUACAAUAAAGAACAAUUUUGGAAUUUAAUUUAUACAUUAGAAUUUUCGGCCCCUGACCACUCUCAGGGUCCAAAUGUACGACAUAAAUGCCAGGCUUUAGUUGAUAAAGAAAACUUCCAAGCGUUGGUCUUCUGUAGUCCUAGCCAUUUUUUUUUCUGCGAAUGCCUGUAUUACCCACGCAGCAAGUCAUCAAUAUAUUGACAUAAAGGUCAACACAGAGCCAAGGCUUGGCAAAUAAUCGAGCUACAUUUGUUGAUGUUUGAC